CCCUAAACGACUACCAUUUCUUCUCCGCUUGCCAACACCCCCCUCUCCUUUUCUUGGACGCUCCGAGGAACGAGGCGAGGAGGGAAGCAUACGGGUUCCGUACGAUACGUCGUUGGUCCAGAGACGAGCGCGUCGGACUCUUGUAUCAGUAGUGCGCAACAUCGACAAGGUGGAAAAGGGGGAGGGAAGUAAGGAAAAGGCACGACUCAUAAACAAGACAAUCCCGAUAUCGUCUCUGCAAAGGGAAAGAAAGAAAGGGAGAUAGAAGCGGAAACUUAGACGCAAGGCGAGGGUCUCAACAAUGGACGAGCUUCCCAUUGGAGGCGGCGCUGGUGCGUCGGGCGGCAUGGGCGGCCCACCGCCUGCGCAAGAAGACUUUUCGAAGAUGUCCAUCGAAGAGAGACUGGCCUCCAAAAAUUGGAAGGCAAGAGUCUCUGGGUACGAAGAUCUGGCCAAGGCCUUUGAAAAGAGCCCGUCGGAAAAGGACCCCGUGUUCCGGCCAUGGACAAAGAACCCGGACGGAGUCAAGGCAUGGGCGACAGACUCCAAUGCAGUUGCGCAGGAAAAGGCCCUCGAUGUACUCAAGGCCUUUGUGUCGUACGGAGGAAAGGGAGCCGGAGCGACAAGGGAAGUCGUCAUGCCUGCCGUGGUGGAGAAAUGCUUUGGCGCGAUGAGGGCUGGGACAAAGAAGUCGGCUGUCGAGGUGGCGAUGCUGUACGCCGAGAUGGAAGACGCCAUGGGCUGCGAAGGGCUCGUGACUGAUCUGCUGGCUGGGACAGGAGCGAAGCAGCCAAAAGUGGUCGCCUGUGCCGUGGCGACGCUGGCCGAGCUCUUUCGAGAUUUUGGCCCGAGGCAGGUCAGCUUCAAGCUCAUUCUCAAAAAGUUGCCCACGCUGUUUGGUCACUCCGACAAGACGGUCCGAUCAGAGGCGGGGACUCUGGCUCAGGAGUUGCACAAAUGGGUCGGCCCAGCCCUGGAGCCAACGAUUGCGUCGCUGAAAGAGAUCCAGGCAAAAGAGCUUCACGAACAGUUUGCCGAGCUCGACCGGACAGGGCAAAAGCACACCAAGCCGACACGAUUCCUGAUCUCGCAGAAGCCUGCCCAGGAAGAGAUUGCGCCUGCAGGGGCCGACGACGGCAAUGGUGGAGGCGGCGAGUCCGGCCAGGGCGAGGCAGCGGAGGACGACAUUGAUCCCCUCGAAUUCGCCGAGCCCGUCAAUCCGCUCAAGGCGGCCGCCUGGCCCGAGAAUCUCGACGAGAUGCUUGCAAGCAAAAAAUGGCUGGAAAGAAAGGAGGUCCUGGACCAGUGCCUCAAGGUGCUGGAGGGUACGCCAAAGAUGAUUCACACACCACCAAUCGACACAUUCGUCGACGAGCUUGCAGAGAAGGUCAAGAAGGACGCAAAUAUCAACGUCGCCCUCGUCAGCGCCCAGUGCAUUGCUAAGCUUGCAACGGGGUUGCAGGCCAACUUUGCCAAGAACAAAGACAAAGUCCUGCCCCCGCUCCUCGAGAAGCUCAAGGAGCGCAAAGAGGCCGUGGUCAAGGUCUUGAAUGAAGCUCUCGAUGCCGUCUUCCAGACCGUCUCGUUUGGAGAGAUCCUCGAGCAUGUCCUCAACUUUACCAAGCACAAGAACCCCUCGGUAAAGACGGGCACGAUUCAGUACUUGGUCAGAUGCCUGCAGACGACGAGGCAGAUGCCAGCAAAGGCCGACAUCAAGCCCAUUGCCGAUGCUCUCCUCAGCGCCAGUGCCGACGGAUCAGCAGAUGUGCGAGACGCUGGUGCGCAGGGUCUGGGGACGCUGAUGAAGCUUAUCGGAGAGCGGCCAAUGAACCAAUUCAUCGAUGGCCUGGACGAUAUCCGCAAGGCAAAGAUCCAAGAGCAGUUCAAGAUAGCCACAGUCAAGGUUAAGGCAGGAGGAGCAGCGCCCGCUCGGUCGGCUGCUCCGCCCCCGGCUGCCUCCAGUGCUCCCAAGCCCAAGCCUAAGCCAUCGGCUGCACCUGUCGCCAAGAAGCCGGCUGCACCACCGGUGGCAGACAAAGAGAAUGCACCACCGAGGGCCGCAUCAUCUCCGGCUCCAACAAGAGCUGCACCUCCUGCCAGACUCAUGGCAAAGCGGCCGGCACCCGCAUCAGCAAGCGCUGGCCCGUCCAAGCCCGCUGCCGCCACUGCCCCGUUCCGGCCGAUUGGGGCCAAAGGGGCGGGAGGGGCAAAGGCGCCCUCGGCAACGGAGCCUGUAAAGUAUCGCUUCCACCAGGAAGACGCCGAGGCAAAGGCAGCCGACUUGAUCCCCGAAGCUAUUGCGACGCAAUUGGCCAGCGGUGUCUGGAAGGAGCGUCUGACAGGCAUGCAAGAACUCAACCAGUGGCUUAAGGUUGAAGCCGCCGAAGUGGAGAGCGAAAUCAUCAUUCGAUCCCUCUCGAAGAAGCCAGGGUGGAAAGAGAGCAACUUUCAGGUCAUGGCUGAGGUGUACUCAGCGAUGCGCCUCUUGGCCGACGACAGUCCAUCGUUUGCGAGAGCGUCGGCAUCGCUGUCCAUGGCACCACUCUGUGAAAAGCUGGGCGACAUGAAGCUCAAGGGCUCCGCUGGCGAGACAUUGACGCUAUUUGCAGAAAAGACGUCUUUCGGUUUCGUCUUGGCCCAAGCUCUUUCACCGCUCAGCAAUGUCAAAGCACCCAAGGCCAUCGCCGACUCGCUGCUUUGGGUCAACCAGGCAAUCCUCGACUUCGGCACGCAAGGUGUCGAUGUGCGAGGCGUCAUUGAGUACCUCUUGACUUGCCUGAAAUCGGCGAAUGCUGCGGUCCGAACCAAUGCGACGACGGUCAUUGGGACAUUGGCCAGGUUCUUGGGCACUGCCUUGACGACGUUCCUGGGAGAUCUCAACCCUCAGCUGCGAUCGACGAUCGAGGCCGAGAUCGAAAAGGCGACGAGCAACCCACCGCCUGCGCCGACACGAUUUAGCGGCGAGAGCAGGCCCUCAGCCUCUGCAGGUGCGGAAUCGAACGGCAACGGGACUGGGCCAGCUGGUGCGCCCGAGGUGGACGAGGAUGCGCUCGACGCCCUCAUCCCGAGAGUCGACUUGGACAAGCUCGUGGCUGCUUCUUCAAUUGCCAAGAUUGGCGAUGCCAAUUGGAAGGAGAGGAAGGAGGGCCUCGAGGAAGUCAUCGCGAUCCUCGAUGCCAACACGCGGCUCAAGAGCAACAUGAACGAGCUAGGCACCGCCCUCAAGAUGCGAUAUACAGACAGCAACAUUCAGGUCCGCACCCUUGCUCUCGACGCGCUGGCGAAGAUUGCCACGGCCAUGAACAAGGGCUUCGACCAGCACGUCCGCACAUUUGUUCCAUCCGUCACUCAGGUCCUCGCUGAUGCAAAGGCCCCGAUCCGUGCUGCGGCCUCAAAGACGCUGACAGCAAUGGCGGAGCAGGUGGGCGUUGGGAACAUGAUCGCCGGCUUUGGCACCGUGCUCGACAGCAAGGCGGCCAACCCAAUGCUGAAGCAGGACCUCUUCACUUGGCUUGGCGAGUGGUUCGAGGCGCACCCUCCAGAGAAGGGCAUGGACCUGACUCCUCUGGCACUCCCGGUCGUGGUCACGCUGGACGAUAAGCUGGCAGCGGUCCGAAAGGCGGCACAGUCGGUCCUUCCCUUUAUCAUCAUGCGUGCUGGUUACAAGUUCGUCAUGGAGCAGACCAAUGGGCUCAAAACCGCCUCGAGAAACACCGUCAUCCCUCUCAUUGACGCUGCAAAAUCUCAAGCAGCUGCCAAGGCCCCAAAGGCUGUUCCUGUCGCCUCUGCUGCUGCCGCUCCUGCGUCUACCCGUCCAAGUGCUUCCAAGAUGCCACCGCCGCCUCCUGUCGAGAGCCUUCCGCCCUUGCCGGCCGCUGCCAAGUCCGCAGCAGGUGCUGUCCCUCGUUCGUCCGUCAAACCUCCCACGGCGGUUGGUCGCUCCUUGAAAGCCCCCAGCACAGCAUCGAGGCCGCAGUCCGUCUUGACCAGUCGCAGUAGCGACGACAACGAAGCACCGUCACCUAGAUCUGCGACAAGGGCCAAAUUCGGGGCGCCUGCCAAGAAACCAGCAUUCUCCUCGUCUACUGCCCAAGUUGCUCCGGACCGUUCAGUCCCACUGAUCACGGCCGACGGGAAGUUCAAGGCGAUUCGAGAGAAGAAAGAGGGACGAGCAGCGCAUUGGAUCGGACCGGAGGGAACACCGAGGCCGGAGUUGGUCGAGGUGCUUCGGCAGCAGUGCGAGCACCAUCUGAGCGUCGAUAUCAUCGAUCAGAUGUUCAGCAAGGAUCACAACGCCGAACGCGAUUUCUCCGCAGCGCUGACGUUGCUUUCCGACCUUAUCUCAAGCCCAACGUUUGCUGAAGAGCAAUUUGGCCUUUCGCAUCAAGAGACUCUGGAGAGAGCCGUCGCCAACUCGGAUUUGAUCUUCAAGUACAUUGCGAUCCGGUUGACAGACAACAAUACGAGCAUCUCGCUCAAAUGCCUCGAUGUCCUGGAUCACCUCGUCAAUCUGCUUCGAGGCGAGCGGUAUCAUCUCCUCGACUAUGAGGCAAACAGUCUGCUGCCUUGCCUCAUUGCCAAGUUCGGCGACCCCAAGGUAGCAUUUCGCGAUCGGAUCAGGGACAUCUUCCGACGGAUGGCCUUCAUCUACCCGCCAAGCAAGCUUCUCACCUUCUACGUCGACGUCGGGCUGCCUUCGAAGAAUGCGCGGGUCAGGACCGAAUGUCUGGGCGAGUUGGGCCACCUCAUCGCAAAGAACGGCCUACAGGUCUGUUCACCGGCAAAGACAUUGCCUAUUGUCGCGAAACAGAUUGCCGAUAGAGACAAUGGCGUUAGGACAGCGGCGCUCAUGGCGCUAGGUGAAGGAUACAAGAUCAUUGGCGAAGAUAUCUAUAAGUACGUUGGCAGUCUUCCGCCAAAAGACUUGUCGCUCCUGCAGGAGAGGCUUAAGCGGACAGAGGCGCCCACCUCCAAGGCCCCCGUUGCAGCACCUCCGACUCCAACAGCAGGUGCCGGUCCGAGAGCAAGCAUCGCCGGAGCGAGCAAGAUUGCAGCGGCAUCAUCGCGAAUUGCACGGCCACCGUCUGGAAUCCCCGGAGCAGCUGGAGGACCGGCGAAGAGCCGGCUGCCCGGCCCCGCUUCCGGCAUCGCGCGGCCUGCGUCUUUGGCCCACCGAAGCGUGCCCAGCUCCGAGGGGACAGAUGAUCGACCAGCAUCGCCUUCUGCGAGGCUUCCACGAGGUAUUCCAAGACCGUCUACAAAUGGUGCCAGCGCACGCAGCUCGGCUAGCAUUCAUGAGGACGAAGAGGAGCUUGAAGCUGCCCCGCCCUCUUCGUACGAUGCGAAGACGUCGGCUAGCAGCGAAGAUGACGUGGCCGUUGAACAGGCGAUCAAUGAGAUCCUGAGUAGCGACUGCGACCGCAGUGUUAUGGCUCUCAAGCAUGUCGAACAGGAGAUUCAGGCAGUGGCGCCAGCCUUGAUUCGCCAUGCGGACCAAUUGGCUAUUGUGUUCGGAAAGCAGCUCCACAGGGCUUUCACGUCGGAGCAGAGCGCUCCAGGUGACCGCCUCAAGAAGCACCUCCUCGUCACGGGCACUUCUAUUUUUGACAACACACGGCUGUGGGACGACCCCAAAUCACGAUCGGCAGAAGAUCAAGGCAAGACGCUCGGCAGCUUCGUUUCGAGGCCCGCCCUCGUUUCACUGCUGACGGAGCUUCUCCAGAGGCUGAUCGAGACAUCUGGCGCUACCGACGAAGAGACGCAGACCUACGGACGAUACUUGAACAUUAUCGUGCUGAGGAGCUUCUCGUCGUGCAACCUCAAUGUCCUGUUUGGCGCGUGCCUCACGAUGCUGACGGAAGCCACCGAAGACAUGGACCAACUGCAAGACGCGAUGCUCAAGAAGCGAUCCAAGUUCGCCGAGCUCAUCACAAAGUGCUUGUGGAAGAUCACGAGGAAGCUGCCAACUUCGUUGCAGGAGGAAUUGCUGGAGCCCCAGCAGCUGCUCGUCGAUGUCGAAAACUUCCUGCAGGCCACGCCGCCAAAGGAGUGGAAGAGGCGCGCGAGCGAGGACGUACCGCUAGGAGAGAUGCCUCUGAGGACUAUCAAGGUAAUUUUGACGCACCUCGGAAGCAUAUAUGGGGAAGAAGCGCUCGGCAUGCUCGACGGCUUGCAGGACCCUGAGCAGUCUCACGUAUAUGCGUAUCUGCUGAGGAUCAUUGAUCGAGGACAGGGUUCCGGGCUGGGCGUCGAUGAGGACGAAAUCUCGACGGCGGGCGGCGGUGAAGGAGCUCGGUCUGGAGGUAGCGAGCACACCGGGUCGUCUCUCUCGCAUGUCUCGAGGAGAUCAGCAGCCUCGCCACCAAUGUCGCCAUCGAAGCUUCACCUCGGCGCGCCCCAGUCACCAUUUGUGUCUGCGCGGGCACAAUCCUCGGCAGUGAUGUCGCCCUCGAUGGUCUCGUCGCCUUCGGGCGACUCCAUCUCUGCAGGUGGCGCAGAGUCUGGCGUCAAUGCUGAGCUGCGCGCCAUCUUUGACCGCAUCGCCAGCAAGUCAGAGAGCCGAGCGGCCAUCAAGGAUCUGUAUCUUUUCCAGCGCCGGUACCCGCACAAGGAAGCUUCGAUUCAGCGGUCGCUAGAAAAGACGGGCCCCAUCUUCCAGAAAUUCAUCAAGCGUGCCUUGGCCAACCACGCAGCGGAGGACGAAGACAACAGCCUCGUCAGUACGCCCCAGGCCAGAACGCUCAGCAUGAUAAGUGGACACGGUGGCCCGAGCGAGGUUGGCAGCCCAGGCUCGCUCUCGGCAAGGUCAAGCAUGGCCUUUUCUGCUGCUCCUGAGGCGCAGCAGCAGGGCCAGACGGGUCAGCGAACCUCUUUCAGGUCCUCCAUUGGAGGUGGAGAGGGCGGCACGACUGCGCCAAACAGCCCUAGCUCGCAAAGAAGUAGCGUCACAGACGAUCGGCUUGCACAACUUAGGGCCAAAUUCUCUAGAACGCCGUCUUCGUCGUCGACUGGACCUGUAGACAGCUCGUCCGCAGCACCAAUGUCUCCUCCAGCUCCUUCGCACAGCUCUGCAAACCGGACGAUCCCCAGACCCGUCUCGAGGAUCCCAGGUGCCUCCAACUCGAGUGCUUCGAGCCAGGCCUCGGCCGCCGCAAGGUCGAAGUUGAUGGCGCUUCGCAAUGGCGACGCCCCUUCAGCUUAACCGUAUCACACCUCAUUUCUAUUCUUUUUCUUCUUGUAAAACAGAUGGGCACACGUUCCUCCCCUUCUCACAGGAGGGUUGUUCAAUAUCAAAGGAUACCGCUUUAUUA